GCCCUUAUUUUAAAUAUGACAUCAGAAAUAAUUGACCAAUCAGAGACCAGACCUUGGAUCCCCCUGACCAAUAGAAGAUCUCUUCCCAAAAUAGCUUCCGUGACGUCAGCUAUAAGUACACUGUGUGUUGGACACCACCAAACAAACCCGGAAGCGAAGACGAUCACAGUAGGACGCGGUAUAGACGUACAAGUUACCGCAUACACCGUCGGAAUGCAGUUCGGAAGUGAGUUCGUGUAUCUUCGGGAUCACCCGGACGAGAGUGAAGAGUCCGUAGACGAGGACGAAGAGGUCCGAGCUUUCUCCAAGCGCCGUAACAGCGGUCAGGAUGACGGGAAGACCUGCAUGUUGGACAUCCUGGAUACAGCUGGACAGGAGGAGUUCUCCGCCAUGAGGGACCAGUACAUGCGGACAGGGAAUGCCUAUAUCCUGAUAUUUGACGUGACGUCACGCGGCAGCCUGGAUCAGGCGGGAUCUAUCUACGAGUGGCUCCUGAAGAUCAAGGGUGCAGAUCACGUGCCGGCGGUGCUGUGUGGAAAUAAGAUCGACCUGUCCGCUAGUCGUCAGGUCACUGCCGAGGAGGGUCGCCAGGUGGCGCAGCGGCACGGUCUGCCGUAUCUAGAGACGUCCGCCAAGACGGGACAGAACGUGGAGGAGGCUUUUCACGAGGUCAUCCGACAGACCCAGAGGGACGGGAAGAACUACAAGCUUGCCAUGCUUGGCGCGGGGGGUGUCGGGAAGUCCAGCCUGUGUGUGCGCUUCGUGCAGGGAGACUUUGUUGAAGACUACGACCCGACUAUCGAGGACUCUUACCGCAAGUUGAUCACAGUUGACGACAUUCCACAGGACAAACUGCAGAAGAGAAAUGGAAAACCACAGAAAAAAGCCAAUUGUGCACUGCCUGUCGUAGGAAAGCCACGCCCAUCGCCAGCUGUGAGGACCAAGACGAAGACGAAGAAGAAGACGAAGAAGUCUUCCGGCGCUGUUCUGUCCGGUCUGGGGCUGUUCGGGCGUCUCUUGGGCGGGCGGAGCGCUAUGAGAGACAGCAGCGACAGCAGUGAGGAGGAACAGCAGCAGCGCAACGCUGACAGCAGUGACAGCUCUGACGGCAGCAGCAGCGAGGAGGAACAGCAGCAGCUGGAAAACAGCCUGGCAGACACAGAAACUGGAGCUGCCAAGCGUCAGAAGAAGAUCGUGAAGCGCAAGAAGGCCGACGGUAAUGUUGUAUUAGUGAGCCUCAGCUGUCUGGAAAACGAGACCACUGUAAUGCCAAGAGCGCCACCUAGCUGUGCCGAGUGUAACGCAGUCUUGUCGCACCUGUCGAAAAUCAGCAACGGGGAGAACGGACAACCAGGCGGAUGGCACUGUCACUUUUGCAACACGAGAAAUGAUGGGAUCGAGGAGAAAGACAUUCCGACUGACGGGACGGUAGAAUACGUCCUGGCACCGGCUGACACCCCGACAGACGACCCGAGCGGCGCGAGUCCGGGGGUGAUCCCGGGGGCCCAGGGGGUGGUGGUGCUGUGUGUGGACGUCAGCGGGUCCAUGGGGGUCACCACCAGGGUACCGCAACUGCAAGCCGAGUGGAAGGCCAUGAGGGACAAGAAGGCGGGGAAGGAGUACGUCACGCGCCUGGAGUGUAUGACAGCCGCCAUUGCCAGGCACCUAGAAAGGUUGGAACUGGACACCCCUGACAGGCAGGUUGCCAUAGUAACGUUUCAAAGCCAUGUCCAGCUGUUUGGAGACGGGCGCUAUCCACCAACCGACGUCACCGGAGACACACUCAACAGCUAUGACGGACUCAUCAGUACCGGGCGACAUCUAGCGGAGAAGUUUGAACUGCAGCCGAUUAAAGAUUCACUGGCCACACUGAAAGAAAAGGUGUGUGACCUGAGCGCAGGCGGUACGACAGCCCUGGGGCCGGCCCUGGCCGUGUGUGCGGGGGUGGUGGCCGACAAGCCGCGCUCGGAGAUCAUUCUCUGCACGGACGGUGCCGCAAACGUCGGAGUCGGAGACGUCAAGAAGGAUCCUGGCUUUUACAAAAAGAUUGGCGACUUUGCCAGAAGUCACAAGAUUGUCAUCUCCAUCAUCGGCAUCGAGGGCGAGAACGUCGCACUGGAGCAGGUCAGCGCGGCAGCAGCGACCUCUGGCGGAACAGUGAACAUCCUGCACCCGCUGGAACUGGUGCGUCAGAUCAGGCAGAUCGCACAGAACAACCUGGUGGCCACGGACGUGCGCGUCACGCUCAUGGUCCACCCCGCUCUGCUGGUGGAGAGGAACGAUCAGGAGAGGAAGGACGGCGAGGUGUCUCAUCGGAUUGAAGUGGACGUAGGGAACGCCACCAAGUCAACUGACAUGACCUUCAGCAUCCGCCAGAGGGCGUCCAAUAUCGACACAAACAUGGCGGCCUUCCCAGCGCAGGCGCAGAUUAGCUUUACUCGUAAAGAUGGUGCCAGGUGUCUUAGAGUCAUCACCAUGGAAACAAAGGCAACCCAAAACAGAGAAGACAUGGAAAAGAACCUGAACAUUGCCGUGACCGGUCUCGCUGCUGUCCAGAAGACUUCCGCUCUUGCCGAGGGCGGUAAAAACGAUCACGCUAAGGUGCACCUUCAAAACGUGGAGCGCCUCCUUGCGAGAGGAAGUGUUGGUGACAGUCAGAAGGAGGAACACUACAUCUUCCUUGAAGAAAACCGGGAAUUAGCCAAGGAACUCAGCGAACCGCGAAGGGGUCCCCAGACUGGUGCAAGUGCUGAUCAGAGGUUCAAGAACCUUUACAAGAAGAAACACGCUAGCGUGGAACAGUUUCUUGGCGGUAAGAAGAAAGGCAAAGCCGUGAAGGGGAGGAUCACAGACAAGAAACUCAACCAGCAGUACUAUGACUACGAGUACCAACCGGAGGAGGAGGAGUAGCAAGUAGCGUUGGGUACCGGUACGGGGGUACAAAACCGGCUUUUCUUUCUGGACCGGUCUGGAAAAACCGGACCUGAAAAAAAUCGAUUGAACCUAUUAGAAAAUGAACAGAUUAUAUUAUCAGUAAUUCAAAUCUUUGGGGGCUUAUAGGUCGAAGAUUGAAGUAAAGUUAUAAUCAUUUCUACCAAGGAGCUUUGAUGAAAACUCCAAGUUUCUACUAAGUUUUAAAGUCAAUCGUAUAAAGAUUUCAAAACGCCGAAGGGAGUCAAAUACUCCACCAAACAUAUUGCUUUGCAGCGAAAUGGUCUAUUGUUUUGAGUAUCGUCUAUUCACAUGUUUUCACAUACUGAAUCAGUUCCAGGUUCAGGUCCGGACCUGGACCUGAUCCUAUGGACCUAAACCGGACCUGGACCUGAAUCUUCUGUACCGGUAUCCACCACUAGUAGCAAGCACAUCGGAGAAUAAGUCCUUUCAUCAUGAAGCAAGAUGAAUCUUACUUAGUUGUUAUUACUCCGUAUUGACCACUUUUGUCUGAGGGUUGUAUGUUCAGAGUGACGGGUAGUAAAUAAAGUGAUAGUAAUUAACGAUGUUCUGAAAGUCCGUCUGUGGUGGAUAAUGGCAUCAUGAAAGGUGACUUAUCUUUGUUUAAAACCCCUGUCUUGGUGAACGGGAUGCACGUGUAUCAUGCCUGUAUGCAGGUCCAGUACCUUUACGGGUUGUGGGCAAUGCUCAGUUAUAUCUGUAUUUGUAUCUAGAUCUAAAGAGCCGGUAUAACCGCCCUUCGGUGUAAGACACCAGCUUCGCAGGCACGCGGUGCGGCAGCAGCUGAUUAUAUUACACUGAAAGACCCAUCACACCUAACUGUUGCACAUCUAUCUGCAAGCGUUCUUUAGAACUACUCAUAGAAGAUGCCCAUACUCUGCUUGGUGAUAACAAAUUCCACUCUACGAUAGUUCUGGGAAAGUAUGAAUUUCUUGAACACAUCAAUCCUAGGUUGGUAACUCUGGUACUUGAAGCCGAAGGCAUGACUGUUUCUUGUUCUUUUUUGAGUUGCUAUCUGGCAUACCGCAGCAAACAGCGUAGACUGGGGAAGUCAAUCUGCAGCAGCAGUACAGAAUAGGUCAAAGUUUACUGAUCUGCUUAAUAAGGCAGCUUAGGGGGUUAAGUUGGAAAAGAAAUAUCCUCAACAACAGGACAAGGGUUAUAUCUGGGUUUGGUAAGUCCCUGUCUAUUAGAAGUGAUAACAUAAAUCUACGUGUUCUAGCAAUGUUAUCAUUUACAGAAUGUACUUACAUUCUAUUUGUUUUUUAUCAACUGUAUGUAGUAGAGGUACCGGUGCGCUUGUUUUCCUGAACAAAGGCCUAUAACCUAACACAUGCCCUAAGGUGUUUUAGAUUAUACAGGAUUUAGUUCACAUAUGUGUCAGAUUGAUAUAAGAUAAUGACUAUAUGAUAAAACGCUUCGCUCACUUGGUGGUUGAUUCGGUGGUUAUAGGACCCAACCAUGCCUUAUGACAUCUAUGAAAUAAGUAUGACAAGAUGCUGUUGCAGAAUUCAGCGUUAUAAUACCUUAUAUUAUAGUGGUGCCAGGUAAUAAACUAUGAAAAGCUUUGUAACCUAUCCACACUGACAACAAGACUUUGGAACAAUACACAAACAAUUGAAAUAGUAUCAAAACAUUUUAUUUGUACCAUUAGUACCUCGUAUUAAACAAAAUAUAACCUA